AGUACAACUUCGUAACUAAACGACAACAAACUCUACCGUACCUGGCUAUUCUUCACAGGUGAUUAAAUAACCAUGUGCAUUCAGGGUAUUCAAUGAGUUUAAAGGAAAUUAGUACGGAAAUAAAAUAUACUGUGUAUUGACACUAGUAUUGACUUGUAAUUCUUAUUUCUGUUUGUCUACUUUGCCUAAAUGAUAUUUCAACAAUGGAUAUGGACACUAUCACUUUUCGUAAACAGUUAAAUGGACUGACCAGAGUAGACAUGGAAGAGUACUUUGACGAUGUUGAAGUUGAGAAUUUAUACCAUUGGAUUGAUAGAAUUCCACUCUCUAGGCCAAAGAAAAACGUUGUGAAAGAUUUCUCGGAUGGAGUGCUAGUAGCAGAAAUUGUUGCACAUUAUCUUCCUAAAUGGGUAGAGCUUCACAAUUAUACACCAGCUGCAGCAACGAAGCAAAAAAUGGAGAACUGGUAUUUAUUAAAUAGACGAGUACUACGAAAAUUAGAUUUAGACUUGUCAGAUGAUGUUAUAAGGGCACUGGCUAAUACCACAAAUCCAAAACCUAGGGUAAUAGAAAAGGUUUUGAUGUUACUACGUAUGCAGAUUGACAAGAUGAUGGAAAAACAAGGUAGGAGUCGGCGGGAAAUCGAUCUCUCCAUGUCCAUAGACAAAGAUUUGAUCAAAGAUUCAAAAGCAUUAGUUCCUGUUACAUCAAAAUCUACAGGGAGACAUUCUCCAGAAAAAGUAUCAUCACCUAGAAAAUAUCAACGAGGAGAAAUUCCACACAGUCACCCAGACAGAUCUUUAUUUACUGCCAGCUUCAACGAUUUUGAUGGAGCUUAUCCGAGACCAAAAAAUCCUUAUUAUUGGACAUAUUUAGGAGAUGGAAAACAGCCUUUGUAUGAACCAAAACUAUUUAUUGUACCAUCAUCAGAAAAUGUAUCCAGAAGUUUACUUGAAGAAAAGGAAAUGGAAAGUCUUGCUAAAACUGAAACAAUUAAAAUACUGAAUUCAAAAAUAAAGAGAUUAGAACAACUGCUUCACUUUAAGGAUAUUAGAGUAGAGGACUUACAAUCACAACUCUCAGUAGUGCAAGGAAUGUAUUAUGUGACAAAUAAAAGAUACCGAUAAUUUACUGUAGCAUAGAAAUAUACAUAACUGAUGUUCUUUUAGAAUUUCAAGGAAUCUGCAGGGAUAGUGUGAAUCGAUUACUAAAUGGAUACAGAUAUAUAUGAUCAUAACAAGGAAUAUAGUUUAACCCAACCUUGAUCCCCAAAAAUCCCGGAAAGGGGACAUACUGGUUAUUGAUAUUUAGAAUGAUUUUCAAUUGUUUAUAUUUCUUUGCAGAUACUGAAUUCAAAAAUAAAGAGAUUAGAACAACUACUUCACUUAAAAGAAAUCAGAAUAGAAGACUUACAAACUCAACUCUCACAAGUGCAAGGAAUGUAUUAUGUGACAACUAAAAGAUAUAGAUAAAUUACUUUUGUGUAGAUAACUGAUGUUUUUUUUGAAUUACACAAAAUGUAUAAGUAAGCUUCAGGAAUUACAUGAAUCUAUUUGUUAUAAUGAAUCUAGAUUUACCUAACCUUUACCAAAUAAAACCAAUCCGAAACCGUAUCAUAUCACCUACACAUGUAUCUUUACCAUCUGCUACCUAAAUGAAAUAUAUGUAAAGAUAAUAAGUUUUAUGUAUUUUCAUCGAUUUUAUUGGUUAGAUCAUUUGUUAUUUUUAAGGUCUUAAUACCAAAUUAAAAUUGUGGUUAAAUAUGAAAAAUAGGAACUGUUGUAUUAUUUCGUUAAAAUUUAAAACUGUACAUAUUGAAAUGUUUAGUACUUAAUAAUAUAAGUAGAAAGCAUCUGUUGUCUUUGUUAUGUUUUUGAAAUUAGACUAGUUUUCCUUUCUAUAGCCAAAUAAUUAUUUUUUAUAUUGAUUUACUAAGUUUAUGUUUUUAUAAAUAUAUUGUGUUUUAAAUGUGGAGUUAUGAUGUCCAGUUUUUAUACGACUGCAAAAAUUUAAAAAAAUUUGGUCGUAUAUUGGUUUCACGUUGUUGUUGUCUGCGUUGUCAGCGUCGUCCAAAGACAAAUGAUUUGCAGAUAAUAACUUAAGUAUAAGCAAAUAGAAAUCAAUAAAAUUUUAACACUAAAAAAAGGUUUGGAAUCGAUUUGGGGAGUUUUGGUCUCAACAGUUUAAGAAUUUGGAGCCAAAAAAACUUUGUUUGAUGUCUUUAAAAAUUGAAUUAUUUGGGUUCUUUGAUAUGCUGAGUCUAACCGUGUAUUCAGAUUCUUAAUUUUUGGUCUUGAUUUCAAAUUAAGGUCCAAAGGGCACAUACUUGCCCCAAAUGUUCAGGGUUCAACCUCUGUGGUCAUAUAAAGCUGCACCCUACUUGGUUUGGAUUAAUUAUUAGUUCUGAUACAUACUUUUCAGUAAUUGCAUAUUUCAUGAUUUGUCUCCCUUAUAUAAGAUGUGAAUAUUUAGUAUUUUUUUAUGAAAUGUGAAGCAUCUGUAUAUAUAUAUUCAUUUUAAGUAUCUUUGAUCUGUGUUCACUUGGCUAAGUGGGCAAAUUUGUCGUAGUUUUAGCCUACAUAAGUUUAAAUAAAAAUUUCUUUUUGAUAAUUUGUAUAGAUAGUUUCCUAAAUAUUACCUCUCUGGCUUCAGGGUCAUUGAUUUUAACGCUUCUGGUAUUUUAAAAUGGUUCUGACUGUAGAAAGUAAACAUUUAUGGGUAUAUUUUGCAGUUACAUUUUCAAAUAUUUUGUUCAAUUAAUUUUUUUUUUAUAUUUAAGUUAAAUACUUUGAGUUUAUAAAAAUAUAAAAUUCAGUUUCUUUUCAAAUCUGCUAAGUCUUAUCAGAAUUUAUAAACCUUUGAUAUGAUGUCUACAUAAAAAACUAUUUUCCUUUGUAU